GCUGUUGGGGUUUUGUUCAAGCCUCUGGCUUCUUCUACCCGAGUCCAUUCUCUCACUAAGCUCUCUGCAUUUCUCGCCGCCAGAACAAAGGCAUUUGCCGUUUCCAUUCCCACGAGACUGAGCGCAGAACAGGUUUUUCUCUUCCUUUCUUCCCUCUUCAUCUUCUUUUUUGUUUCUGCAUGAAGUUUCCUUUUCUUCAAGUACUUCCUGUUAAUGGAGCCUUUCUUGGAUUUCUUGUCGAUUCGUUGAUGCUGUAGGGUUUUCCCCAUCUCCCUUUUUAUUUGUACUUUUCUUCCUGGCACUUCCUCGAUAUUAGUCGUCUGUUUUUCUUCGGUGGAAGAAAUUAGGUUAAAUGUUGCAUCUUAGCUCCCACUUGCUCGCCUGUUGGGCGUAUUUGUUUGAAAUGAUGAAAGCAAUUGCCUGCAACUAGGGAUGGCAACAAAACCCGAACCCAUGGGUACCCACCCGAUCCAAUCCGGUCAACGCGGGUAAAAUCCGUGUUGACGGGUUUUGGGCCGGGUUUUGGUUUAAACCCGUUCACUAUUCACCGGGUUGGGUUGGGUUUGGGUUUAGAUAAACCCGACCCAUGGGUAUCCGCCAACAGCCAUAUAAUUAAUUUUCUCGGCAUAUUUAAUAUUCUAAACAACUAAUCUUAUUUAUGUUUGUGGAGACAAGUCUAAUUUUUUCUUUCUAGUUAUGUAGAAUGAAGUUGAUGUUAUUGAGUGGAGAGUGAAAAACUUAAUUGAAAGGAAGAAGCUUUCGAUUAAUCAUGUUAUUUAUGGAUAAUUUGUGAUUUGCUUCAAUUUUCUUGAGUUUUCUAAAUUGGUGUUGAACAAUUUGUGCAGUUAAUUUGUGAUUUGCUUGAAUUUUCUAGAAUGGUGUUUUAUAUAUGGAUAAUUUGUAUUGAGAGAUUGAUAUUUGACUUUAAUUUUGAUAGGAAUUUGUUAUUGUGAUUUUUUUACGACAAAAACCGGUGGGUACCCAUGAACCCGCGGAUACCCAGCGGGUUGGGUUGAGUUUGAAUUUUUCAAACCCAGUGGGUUUUACCCCGGGUUUUUUUCACGGAUAAACCCAUGGAUUUGAAUUUGGGUUUGGCAAAACCCGACCCAACCCGACCCAUUGUCAUCCCUACCUGCAACUGUGCGAUUCUUAGCAGGUUAGAGAUGGGGUUUAUUGCUAAUCCUUUUAAGUAGCCGCCCAAUGCCUGCCAGGUAUUCUUAUACUAAGCUUACUUCAAUGCUUAGAGGAAGCAGGCUGUCAGUGAUUACUUAUUACCUCUGCGCUCUGCCUGCUUUUGGAUAUGAGAACUUUAUCUAUGUUUGGAGAUUGCCGCUUUGGGGAAAGAAAGCCAAUGUUCCUAACUCUAAUCAGGGUGUGUAUGGACGUUUACAGAGUGACUGGUUUAGUAGCACAACUGAACCAGUAGAGUGAAAGCAGCAGCAGCCAUGGCCAAGCAUCAUCCUGAUUUGAUCAUGUGCAGGAAGCAACCGGGCAUCGCCAUUGGACGACUCUGUGAGAAAUGUGAUGGAAAAUGUGUGAUCUGUGACUCUUACGUGCGCCCUUGCACCUUGGUGCGAGUUUGCGAUGAGUGCAACUACGGAUCGUUCCAGGGUCGUUGUGUCAUCUGUGGAGGUGUAGGCAUAUCUGAUGCGUACUACUGCAAAGAGUGCACGCAGCAGGAGAAAGACCGGGAUGGCUGUCCCAAGAUUGUGAAUUUGGGUAGCGCGAAAACUGACUUGUUCUAUGAGCGUAAGAAAUAUGGGUUCAAGAAAAGAUAAUUAGCAUCGGGAUAGAUUGGGUAUGGAUUGUGCUUUGCUGACCUUGUUUGCAAUGUACGCAAGUUGAUAUAGUAGCAGCUAGAUGUUGGUUGCUGUGUGGUGUAGUAGUCUUAACUGGGACUAGAUGUAUCUCUUCCCUGUCUGUCUGUCUGUCCGUCUGGCUGUCCAUGCAUCUUUUACUAAUAUGUGAUGCGAGGUGAAUUUACCAUUCUUGUUGGAGUUCCUUUUCGCCCAUAACUUGAGUUUUCAAGUAGAUGUUGAUAAGAUAAGCUACAACUUUGAAUGAAAUUGACCAGGAUGACGACUCGACAGCAAUUAUUGAAUCGAUGUGGAUUGUGUUGUUUGUGAACGAUUUCAUUCGUAUUGCUACUGCUUGGUAAUAUGCUUGUUGUCUUUAGCUCUUCAGAAUUAUACCUAUGAUAGGUAUGUCCUCUCACAAUAGUUCAUUAACAUAGGCAAUGUUGGUAGGAGUUGGUUGCCGGAUCUUCUUAUACUCCACAGUUUGUAUUGCUAAGUGAAACUUUGUAAUGCUACCGAGGCGAAAGGUAACCUCCCUUCGAGCUUUUUUGCUCUUUUCUCUCUCUUUUCCUUUGCCGUUCUCCAUUCAAUUGGUGGUGACUGCAUAAUGUCCUUUGUUAAUGUACGGCUGCUGGGAUUGCUUCCUUUGUUGUGAAUUUGUUGAAACUGUAGUGGUAGUUCUGACGAGUCUUGGAGUCUGACCAUGAAGAUUUAGACCUUGAAAAACUCUUGAAGGAGCAGACUACAAGAACUGCAGAAGCAGCUCUGAAAUUCUACAAUGAGCGUGACGUGUGUCUUUUCCUCUUAUUAUUGUAUUCAAAUGAACGAAUGGUUCAUCGUUUGGGAUCUUUUGUUUAUGAACUGUUUUCUGUUUGGGGUUCUCGAUAUGGUUAUAAGGGUGUCCAAUUUGUGCUUGACGAGCCCUUGAUCUGCAAUUCUUUUAUGCUUCCCUGUAAUUUGUCUACGACGCCAACUUCACUGCUAAGCAGUUCGUUGAUAAUGGUACUCACACUGAUAGCGGCAGCCCUCCCAGUAGUGAGAUGUUUUGCGCUGAGGCAGCCAGAAUCUACGUCAAGGUGCUCUGUGUUCUUGUCUCAUCAGCAAUCCUCGUCAACGAGGUAAUUAAAUCCAAUGUCUAAUUAUUGUCGGUUUGGUACCUGAAUGAGUCAGUGACUGUUGGCAUGUAUGGAAUGUCGCCCCUUUGUUGGUUUGAGAAGCUUCCUUGACUAUGCAUUAAACAUGAUUCUGAUUUAUAAGUAGUAAUAUAGUGUCUCCAUCUUG